GCUUUCUGUUUUUCUGGGGUAGCUUAUUUAUUGAUUUCAUUAUGAUGAUGAUGGGGGCAAAAAAAGUGAGAGUCUUUCUUGUAACUUCAACAAACAGCCUCAGCGGGUCGCUUCAAGCUUUCUCCCUUUGUUUAUUCAUUUGUUUAUUUUCCCUUUUUUCUUUUUCUAUUUGGUUUCAGUGCGUGUGUGUGUUUCUCUUAUCAUUGUGUCUACAUGACAGAACCUUGUGGGGUGGUGGUGGUGGUGAGGGAUCUGAGGCAAAGGUGUUGAUGAUAUGGGAGCGUGUGUUUCAACUCCACGAGGGUGUGUGGGAGGGGGGUUGAGCUCUUCCAAGAGGAAAACCAGAAAGAGGAGGAGAGAGGGACUCAGGAGAAGGGUUGCUUCUCGGUUGCGUAAAGAAUCAUUGGAGAAGGUUGAUGAGGCAGCAGGCUUGCCUGAUUGUUCCUUUGCCAACCCCACUUUCCAAGGCAGUAUUGAAGAGGCGUGGUUUGAUUCGGUUGCAGUAUUUGAUUCUGACUGUGAUGAUGAUUACCAGAGUGUUCCCGAUGAUGUUGUAUCUCUAAGUGGGAUUGAAGGUGGAUCUGUAUCAAGUUUUCCAUCUUCAAGAGAUGCCAACCAUGGAGUUUCAACAGAUCAGGUUCAGAAACAGAAGGAGUUAUCGGCAGGAUAUUCUGCUAAUAUCUCUGAGGUGGCGAGAAGUUCAGAUGUUCAAUAUUUUGGUGUAGAGGUCAUUGAUUCUCAACGUGAGCCUGUGUUCCUUGAUGAAAUUUCUUCAGUUGAUGCGAACUCCAACAAGGAUGAUGGACUUUUGGAUAAUUGUGGGAUUCUUCCAAACAAUUGUUUGCCAUGUCUUGCAUCUACCAUUCCUUCUCUUGAAAAGAGAAGAUCAUCAAGUUCUAGUCCUCCUCCUAAUGCUAGGAAGAAGACUCCUACGAAACUUGCCUUUAAAUGGAAAGAAGGACAUGGGAAUGCUACUCUAUUUUCCUCAAAGUCAUUUCUACAAAGACCAAUUGCAGGUUCUCAAGUACCUUUUUGUCCAAUUGAGAAGAAAAUGCUUGAUUGUUGGUCACAAAUUGAUGCUAGCACUUUCAAAGUUCGAGGAGUAAAUUAUUUCAAGGACAAGAAGAAGGACUUUGCUCCUAACUAUUCUGCAUAUUACCCAUUUGGUGUAGAUGUUUUCUUGUCUCCACGGAAAGUUGAUCAUAUAGCUCGGUUUGUGGAACUUCCUGUUAUUAGUUCGUCCGGGAAAUUUCCUCCCAUACUAGUUGUAAAUGUUCAGGUUCCACUCUACCCUGCCACACUUUUUCAAGGUGAAACUGAUGGAGAAGGAAUGAGCAUUGUUUUGUACUUUAAACUUUCGGAAAGUUACUCCAAGGAACUUCCACUGACUUUACAAGAAAGCAUCAGAAGAUUAAUGGACGAUGAAGUUGAAAAGGUAAAGGGUUUUCCUGUAGAUACAAUUGCACCCUUCCGGGAAAGGUUGAAAAUAUUGGGCCGUGUUGCCAACCUCGAAGAUCUUCACUUGAGUGCAGCAGAAAGGAAGCUUAUGCAGGCUUACAAUGAGAAACCUGUUCUUUCACGUCCCCAACACGAGUUUUACACGGGAGAAAAUUACUUUGAGAUUGACUUGGAUAUGCAUAGAUUCAGCUAUAUCUCCAGGAAAGGGUUUGAAGCUUUUCUUGAUAGGUUAAAGAUUUGCACUCUAGAUGUUGGCCUCACAAUUCAGGGGAACAAACAAGAGGAGCUGCCAGAGCAUGUGUUAUGUUGUAUUCGAUUAAACGGCAUUGACUACACGAAUUACCAACAACUGGGGCUAACUCAUGAUCCCCUCUAAUAUAAAAUAACUUGCAAUCUUACAAUUCAUGAGUAAUAAUGAUCACUUCUAGAAGCUUUUCUUUCUCUGUAUGUUUUUUUUAUUAUUAGAUAAAAUUCACUUGAGUUAAGUGAAUUUUAUCUAAUAAUAAUAAAAGUAGGUUAAAAAAUUUGUUAUUAGAAUUUUUUGAAUUAUAGAGACAACAUGCGUGUGAUUUAAGGAUGGCAACUUUGUGAAGAUGGCAGGUUCAAAUUAAGGAAGGGUCACUAGCACAAGAAUAGAAAAACAUGGACCUACCUUAUAAAUUUCGGACAGGUAGGGUCCAUAUUCUUGCAUUUACUCAUUCAUUAAGCAAAAAUUUAUUGUGGCAAAGAAAAAUAAAGCAACAUAAAUUUCAAAGUGUGGGUUGCGAUGAGAAUGUCCUUUUAUCAAUUUAUUUAUGGCGGUGAUUUCUGAUUGUACAACUACCAUAUGUGAAAAAAUGUACUGCCUUACAAGUUGAACGUGUGCAUAGUGAUUGAAAGCUACUGUUCAUGGAA